AUGUCUCGGCGCAACAAGAAAGUCCUGGAGACCGGCAUGAGCGGCCUCACUAGUCUCACAGAGGAUUCAGGCCCGGCUCUGAAAAAGAAGAAGGACCUCCCGCUGGAGGAAGAACUCAACGGGGAAACUUCUAUUACCCCGAUCGUCUUAUCUUCCAAGGCCUCUCAGGUGGAACCAUUCUCGGAGGAGAAUAGGGCUCCCACGAGUGAGCCGGCAUCGGAAGAAGGCACUAAAACCGAGGUUCCCCUCGACGAAAGUUCGGAAACGGACUAUAGAAGAAAGUACCAAGGUGCUUUAAAGGUACUGAACUCCUUCCUAGUGCAUCAGCCCUUAAAGCCGCACGCAGGAGUCUCGGCAGCCCAAAAUGUGGCGAAACUGUAUGAACUCAUCCAGAAAAUGCAGUGCUGCGUGAAUGGUGAAAACCUUUCAAUUGACUUAGUGGCAAGAACUCAAGUCAGGUUAGCCGAAGCCAUUAGCAACGCAAUCUCGAAAGAAGCGGGGCUUGUCUAUCGCUACAUUAGUCAGUCAACUGACUUUUAUAAGCAUAAAAAGACUCCACUGGAAAUCCUGGAGUUCCGGUUCACACCGGAAGACCAAAUAGUCAAAGAAAUCCGGGAAGGGCUAGCCCUUCUCGAAAGAAUUGCUAACGCGGGUGGUGAAAACCACUCGAUAAUUCCACUAAGAGAAAUCUUUGCGUCACACGCUGCGGAAGCUCAUCGCCUAGUUUGGUCGGAGAUCUUGGCGAGUCUGGCAGUUUCGUCCGAAGUUGACCCAGUGUCGCUGGUGAGAUCAGUUAAAAGGCUAAAAUUUUUGCUAACGCAAAUUUUCGGAAACGAAUUCACGAUGAUAGCGCACCUACAGGGAUGGCUCAGCGCAGCCGACUCUCCCAGAGAAAUCAGGGACACUCCAGUGGACGAUCAGGUGAAAACCUUAAGAGACUUCUUGUUCCCAAGAAAGUGCGAAUUCAUGCCAUCAUCGGAGAAAUACGAGGCCUGGGGCCUGAGCUUUAUCGACCAGCGCUCUUUCGUCCUCAUGAAAACCGGGGGUAACCCUGUGACCGUUGAAGAAAUUCAACCGGUAGAAAAAGAAAAUCUACCAAUGAUCUCGGAGGAGGAGGACUCCUCGGCGAAAGAAAUCCAAGAGUUACGAAGAGCGAUGCUCAGACGGGCUGAGAAGGUCACGGGAACAACCUGGACGGAGAAAAGCCUGGACUUCGACGAGGAUUCUAUGGAAGAUUACAUCUAA